CGGCGUGAGGAGGAGACAAGUCGGGUCGCUCCAUGAGAUCUUAAGACUACUCUUCUCUGCUCGUUGAGGACCCCCGCCAUUCAGCAGGUAAACGCCGCGCCGUACCGCCGUUUUCUUGACCUCAGUUCCCGGAAGUGGUGGUUUGUCUUCUCUCUGCAGCCAGGAUGGCUCGGGACAUGUCAGAUAAAGAAAUCCUGAAGAUGGAGCUGGACCAGCUGAAGAAGGAAGUGAGCACACCCAGGACUCCGGUGGGCGCCAACUGCACGGAGACCAUUUCCUUCGUGGAGGCGCUGCUCCCCAACGACCCGCUCAUCAAGGGGGUCCCCGAUGACAAGAACCCCUACAAGGGGGACAAGGGGGGCUGCGUGGUCACAUAGCAGUUGGCCACCUACUGUACAAUGUCUGCACGUCCGUUUGGAAUUAAAUAGUGUCAACAAACAAA